GCUAGGCUCCUAGCUUACUUUGUGGAGAAGAAGAUGUCGCCUCUGUCAGUACCAGAGCGCUCCGGGUGUUUAAAAAUACUUAAAUUGAUGUCGAAAGUGGACCUACUUUCACUGAGUGACACCGUUACCAAUAAGAUGAUUGUGGUGGAAGAUGUUACAGAGGCCAGAGAGACAAUCAUUUCCUUCACCAAAGAUGCCGAGGAACUGCUGAAAAGGAAGAAGGUUCACAGAGACAUCAUAUUCAAAUACUUGGCUAAAGAGGGGGUGGCGAUGCCCCCCAGUAGCGAGAAACACCAGUUGGUGAAGAGGACGCUGGAGCUCUGGUCAACAGCGCAGACGGUGGUUGAGGAACGUAAUCCAGGAGCGACAGAUGACACCGGACAGAGACCACUGCCAAACACAGCAGUGAAGACAGCAGACGUGAAGGCUGAAAUUUGCUGUGACACUUUGGUCCUAGGGCAGCAGUUCUGCAGUUGGUUCUUCCAACUGUUGAACAGUCAAAACCCGUCACUUGGCCAGCAACCUCAAGACUGGGGACCACAACACUUCUGGCCAGAUGUGAAGCUCCACCUUGUUGCCAGAGCUGGCAAUGAGCAGAUGGAAGAGUUCCUGGGUGCCGAACUGGUCAGCUGUCGUCUCCUGGCCUUGACCCAGGAGGAGCGUCUCCAUUUCAGCCCCAACCUGGAGCCGCAUGGCCUCAAGGCGCUGACCUCCCCCCACGGUCUGGUUCUGGUGGCCGUUGCCGGGACCAUCCACAGAGACACGACCUGCCUCGGCAUGUUCGAGCAAAUAUUUGGACUCAUUCGCUCACCGCUGGAGAAUAACAGCUGGAAGAUCAAGUUUGUCAACAUGAAGAUCAGAGGGCAGGAUGCUCUGGUUGGAACGCAGAUGACGGCACCAGCCCUGACUUACAACUCCGCUGAACUACAGAUGCUCUGUACUUUAUGAUGUUUAAGACAGUUUCCAUUUUAUUAUAUCAUGUUUAACAGUUUUCACACAAAGGGGGUUGACUAAAAACACUGUUUUAUUCAUGAACCUGCCCAAGGCAUAUUGUGUUUAAAAAGUGAGCUGGAAACAGAACUCCUUUUGUAGAAUGAUCCCAGUGUGUGUGUAUCAAUAGAUUCGGAUGCACAAUAUCAGUUAUAUUACUUAAAGCAUUAAAAUGUUUGCUUUUUACCAGCUUUUAUACAAUAUUUCUGUUAGAAAUGUCUGUUAUUUUACUGUGGAACAUUAAGCUGUGUGAUCUGUGCCUUCAUGACAACUGACAUGUAAAUAUGUAACAUAUCAAA